AUGAAACAUCUAUCCAUUAAAAUAAAUGAUUUACCAGAUGAAAUUCUUACAAUUAUUUUGGAAAAAUUGUCUAACAUCGACGAACUCUAUUCUUUAAUACGUGUAAAUAGACGGCAGAAUCCAAUAGGACGCGAUUCAAUUUUUACAAGUCAUUUAAAAUUAAUUUGUUUUUUGAAUGAUUUUACCUAUCCAUUGCCUGCUCUAAUACUUGAUCGAUUUUGUUUACAAAUUUUACCUGAAAUUCAUCAUAAAAUCAAAUGUCUUGAUCUUGAAUCAACAUCUAUGAAUCGUAUUCUUCUUGCUUCAAAUUAUCCUAAUUUAUAUAAACUUGGUUUACAUGGUCUUGAUAUCGAAAAAGCUGUAUCUCUAGUUAUUUUUAAGGGUGUGGGUGUGGGUGUGGGGUGUGGGUGGGUGUGGGUGUGGGUGUGGGUGUGGGUGUGGGUGGGUAUGAAGGUCUUCUUUGCUCAUAACUCACACCCACACCCAACCACCCACACCCAGCCAUCCACAUUCCACACCCCACACCCACACCCUGCCAUCCACAUUCCACACCCCACACCCACACCCACCCACACUCACACCAAUUCUUUUCGACCGUAGCAAAAGUCGAGCUGAGUUUAUUUCUUUAAAAUUCGAAUUGAUGACUCUUGGACUCAGUUUUCGAUAUACGCUUAAAAGAGAGAUUCUUCUCUUUCUUGUCUUUAAGUGCAUUCGUUGACAUCUAUUUUAUACUCGAGAUUUCAAUAGAACAAACUAUAUGUCAAGAUAUAAUUUUUAAGCUAUUGUGAAAUAAAACUUGCUGAGCUCUUUAAAAAAUGCUACAACACAUUGUAAAAUAAGUUACAAUGUGGAAUUAUUGUCUUUGAACCGAAAAUCAUCUUCAAUAUUUUAAAGAUGAAAGAUUUUGAAUAAGACAAAACAUUCCAGAAGAAGAAAAAUGUAUUUUACGAUAGAAGACGUUACAUUAGAAAAAACCUAUUCGUCAGUCAAUGGAUUCCGAAUAUCUAUUUUUAUGGUUCUAUGGAUAAACUUGUUCCAGAUUUGUUUGUAACUUUUUCUCAAGAAAUGCGAAAUAUUGUACAUGUAAACAAAAUAUUGUUAGUGUGUAGGAUAUGAUAUACAGAAAAAUAAAAUAACAUAUCAUGUAUUUGUGAUUAUUACAAAAUAUUUUUCCAUUAUUCCUUUUUAGUCACAUCUCUACUAUUGAUAAACAUCUAGCUCUCAUCAUGUAUCGUCUUAAAAUAACAUCGGAAAGCAAUAUUUGAUUUUUGCUGACGAAUUUCAUAUUAUUGGGAAUGGUUAUUGGACCUCAUGUUGUUCACCACUUACUAUGGUUGCUUUUUGACCAAUGCUUAUAUAUAACACCUUACAGGACCAGUACUAGUCGAACUUGAAGUAUCUUUAUAUAAAAAUAGUUAUUCUAUUAGAGAUUUCAUCAUACAUGAAUUGACAAAUCUUUAGAUGCUUAUAGCUAUCUAAACAAAAGCAUUGUUCGUGGGUGAGAAUAAGUUUCUUUUCUUUCUUACGAUAAGCAAUGUUUUUAUAUCUAGAUAAAG